AUUUUGUGUAAACAGGGGGGACCCUAGGCCUGGCGCCCAGCUAAGAUUGGAUCGAUCGACAAUGCCGUCCGCCAGUGGCGGCAAGAGAUCUGCUGCGAAAUCUGGAGUCUCGUUGUCUAUCAAAGACUUCCAGGGGGACUUCUCCUUCGAUGCGUUCUUCAACAAUCUCGUCGGCGACAUACUGAAAGUGGAAGACGGUGAAAAGCCGCCGCCUCAAGAGGAUGCUGCUUCGAAUGGCCAGAAGCUCGUGAAGCCUGCGUUUGCCGAGGCAAAUGCGCUGCUUGCUCGAUUUAAGGAGGCGCGAAAGCAGCUCCUUGAGCUUGGACUCCAGGCGGAUGCGCAGCUUGAGAAAGUGAAGAAAGAAGUAAGCGCGGAGGAUAUCAGGCAUAGAACAAAGCUCUCCGAGCUCGAAAAAGGAGUUCAUGGCCUGUUUGAUAGCUUCAGUAAGCUGGAUAAUCGGAUUUCGGGUGUUGGACAAACGGCAGCACGAAUUGGUGACCACUUGCAGAGUGCAGAUGCACAACGGGAGACGGCUACUCAGACAAUUGAGCUGAUAAAAUACUUGAUGGAGUUCAAUACAAAGUCCGGUGACUUGAUGGGACUGUCUCCACUCUUCUCAGACGACAACCGUGUUGCUGAGGCGGCAGCUAUAGCUCAAAAACUUCGUGCUCUCGCCGAAGAAGACAUUGGAGGAACUGGCUCUGGUGCCACGGGCACCACCGUCAAAGGGACUGCAAAUGCGAACCCCGGCCUAGAAGUUGCCGUGGCAAACCUUCAGGAGUAUUGUAAUGAACUUGAGAACCGCCUUCUUGAUCGGUUUGACGCUGCCUCGCAGAAGAAGGAGCUAUCUACCAUGGGCGAAUGUGCAAAAAUAUUGUCGCAGUUUAAUAGAGGCGCCAGAGCAAUGCAACGCUAUGUUGCCUCGCGUCCUAUGUUUUUAGAUGUCGAGGUAAUGAAUGAAGACACAAGAACUGUGCUUGGGGAUCAAACCACAGACACUGCAGCGCCUGGGUCGCCACAACCUGUUGCAGAUACGGCAACAAUAAUUCGUGGGUUGGGAAAGCUUUACAAGGAAAUUACAGAUACGGUUCGGAGAGAAUCUGCAACGGUCUCUGCUGUUUUCCCAUCGCCGGAUGCAGUCAUGUCAAUCCUUGUACAGAGAGUUAUGGAGCAAAGAGUAUUUGCUAUCCUAGAUAAGCUCCUUGUCAAACCCAACCUUGCAAGUACGGCUCUGAUAGAAGAGGGCGGCCUUCUUCAGCAUCUGAAACUGUUGGCGGCCACUUAUGAAAAGACUCAAGCUUUUGCAAAAGAUCUUCGGGCUCUAGGUUGUGGCGAGCUGGACGUUGAAGUUCUUGCGGAAUCUCUCUUCACUAGUCAUAGGGAUGACUAUAUCGAACUUGAACAGGCAUCGCUUUCUCAAAUGUUUGAAGCGAAGAUGGCCGAGGUCAGGGCAGCGUUACCUCCACCUCCAGACAUUGGUCCUCGUGGAAGCAAAAUGGCUGCUUUUCAAAACUUUUCGCAACCAUCUUUGACAACUGAAGUUGUAACUGAAUUUGUGCGUUGGAACGAAGAAGCUGUUCUUCGGUGCAGCCUGCUAACGGGAGCUCAGCCUGGAUCUCUAGCAUCGAACGUGAGAGCGAUUUUUACGUGCCUACUGGAGCAAGUAAAUCACUAUAUUACUGCGGCCUUAGAACGUGGUCAAGACGCUCUCCGAGAAGCCGCAGCAUUGAGAGAACGUUUCGCUAUUGGAACUGCAGUUAGCCGUCGGGUUGCAGCUGCUGCUGCUUCAGCGGCCGAGGCUGCUGCAAACGCCGGUGAGAUUAGUGUCAGCUCUUUCAUGACCACCGUGCAAAGGGCUACGACUAAUGUCGCCAUUGUUCAGCAGUAUUUUGUGAACACGAUCGCUCGGAUUCUUCUUCCGGUCGAUGGGGCACAUGCCGCGUGCUGUGAGGAAAUAGCAACAUCCAUGUCACAUGCUGAGGAUGCUGUAUUGAAGGGCUUGCAGCUUUGUAUGGACUCCAUGAUAGCUGAGGCGGAACGCCUACUGGCUUUGGAACAAAAAGUGCAUGAUUAUCAGCCUUCGGAUGAUGGAAGUCUACCGGACCAUCGGCCGACUAACGCCUGCACACGAGUGGUAGCGUUCUUGUCUCGGAUGCUGGAUUCCACCAACACAGCUUUGGAUGUUUCGAACAGACAAGUCUUUGUGACUGAGCUGGGAUGCCGUCUAUACAAAUCGCUUAUCACUCACUGGCAAAGGUUCACAUUUAGUCCAAGUGGCGGCCUCAGAUUGAAACGUGACGUUACCGAGUUUGCUGAGUUCGUUCGCAGUUUCAAGGCUCCCACAGUAGACGAGAAGUUUGAACUCUUGGGAACGAUGGUUAACAUUUUCAUCGUCGCACCGGAGAGCCUGAAAACACUAGUUGACGGGAGUUUGCGCAACGCUAGCAAGGAUGCGAUUCGGUAUUUAAAUACCUCUGUGCUUUUUGUGCGUAUCAUUUCUUUCCAAAUUUCCUGCAGAUUCAUACAACUUCGAGAAGAUUAUAAGUCCGCGAAGCUAUCUAACAUUGUUAACCAGCUUGCAAUCAGUUGAUCAUCUCAAAGAGUGGCUUUGACUUGAAGGUUUUUGUAGCUGUGCUUUCAACUUCAUAUGAUCGAGCUGGCUUUAUUGGUUUGCCACUAGCUUUCUGUAACAGAGUUGAGAUAUUUCUUUUGGUAUCGAACAAGUCUUAUCAAUGAAAUCUUACCAACAAGCAAGUAGACUGAA